CGGGGAGUCGGGCCGCGCAGGGACGGCUCGGUGUGGUGCGCUCUGCGGCUGCGGCUCUUCCGUGGGAGGCGGGCCCCCGCGCUGUUCUCCGCGGCCGCGGUCACGCAGGGCUCCGGCCGGCCGCCACCUGCAUGGGCCUGAACAGCCUGUCUGCGAGCAAGCCGUGGCACUUAGAAAAUAUUUAAGCAUUCAUGAGUUGAGCCUCAUUCCUGAGUUAUGGAUGACAAGGCUUCUGUUGGAAAAAUCAGUGUCUCCUCAGACUCCGUGUCUACUCUUAAUAGUGAAGAUUUUGUCUUGGUUUCCAGGCAAGGAGAUGAGACGCCAUCUACAAACAACGGAAGUGAUGAUGAGAAGACAGGACUCAAGAUUGUAGGGAAUGGAAGUGAGCAGCAGCUGCAGAAAGAGCUAGCAGAUGUGCUGAUGGAUCCUCCCAUGGACGACCAGCCAGGGGAAAGGUCACAACUGGAUGGUGAAGGAGAUGGGCCUCUUUCUAAUCAGCUCUCAGCUUCGUCCACCAUUAACCCUGUGUCUCUAGUAGGGCUGCAGAAACCAGAGAUGAGCCUGCCAGUGAAACCUGGACAAGGAGAUUCUGAAGUGUCAAGUCCUUUCACACCAGUGACUGAUGAGGAUAGUGUGGUUUUCAGCAAACUGACUUACUUAGGCUGUGCCUCGGUAAAUGCCCCCCGGAGCGAAGUAGAAGCCUUGAGGAUGAUGUCCAUCUUGAGAAGUCAGUGUCAGAAUUCUCUGGAUGUGACCCUCUCAGUGCCGAAUGUAUCUGAAGGAGCUGUGAGACUUUUAGAUCCUCAAACCAAUACGGAAAUAGCAAACUACCCUAUCUACAAAAUCCUCUUCUGUGUCAGAGGGCACGAUGGAACUCCUGAGAGUGACUGUUUUGCAUUCACUGAAAGUCACUAUAACGCAGAGCUCUUCAGGAUACAUGUCUUUCGCUGUGAAAUACAAGAAGCUGUAAGCCGGAUACUUUACAGUUUUGCCACCGCCUUUCGCCGCUCUGCCAAGCAGACCCCACUCUCAGCCACAGCUGCACCGCAUACUCCUGACAGUGACAUCUUUACUUUCUCUGUGUCUUUAGAAAUAAAAGAAGAUGAUGGUAAAGGUUAUUUUAGUGCUGUUCCCAAAGACAAGGACAGGCAAUGCUUUAAACUUCGCCAAGGAAUCGAUAAGAAAAUUGUCAUCUGUGUGCAGCAAACAGCUAAUAAAGAACUUGCCAUUGAAAGGUGCUUUGGUCUUCUCCUUAGCCCAGGAAAAGAUGUCCGAAAUAGUGAUAUGCACUUGUUGGAUUUGGAGUCUAUGGGCAAAAGUUCAGAUGGAAAGUCAUAUGUUAUUACUGGAAGCUGGAAUCCAAAAUCUCCACAUUUUCAAGUUGUGAAUGAAGAAACUCCUAAAGAUAAAGUGUUGUUCAUGACAACAGCUGUGGAUUUGGUGAUAACAGAAGUACAGGAGCCUGUUCGAUUUCUCCUAGAGACAAAAGUUCGAGUUUGCUCACCUAAUGAAAGGUUAUUUUGGCCCUUCAGCAAACGAAGCACUACUGAAAACUUCUUUCUGAAACUGAAGCAGAUAAAGCAGAAGGAGAGAAAGAAUAAUUCUGACACCUUAUAUGAGGUUGUGUGUUUGGAAAGUGAGUCAGAGAGAGAGAGGAGGAAAACUACAGCCAGUCCUUCAGUCCGCCUGCCACAGUCUGGAUCCCAGAGUUCCAUGAUCCCCUCUCCUCCAGAAGAUGAUGAAGAAGAAGAUAAUGAUGAACCUCUCUUGAGUGGAUUUGGUGAUGUAUCCAAAGAAUGUGCAGAAAAAAUUCUUGAAACAUGGGGAGAACUGCUGUCAAAAUGGCAUCUCAACUUGAGUGUGAGACCGAAGCAGUUGCCAUCCUUAGUGAGAAGUGGUGUCCCAGAAGCUCUUCGUGGAGAAGUCUGGCAGUUGCUCGCCGGCUGCCACAACAAUGAUCACUUAGUAGAAAAGUACCGAAUUCUCAUCACAAAGGAAUCUCCCCAAGACAGUGCUAUCACCAGAGAUAUUAACCGCACAUUUCCAGCUCAUGACUACUUCAAGGACACAGGAGGAGAUGGACAAGAUUCCUUAUAUAAAAUAUGCAAGGCAUAUUCUGUGUAUGAUGAAGAGAUUGGUUACUGCCAGGGCCAGUCUUUCCUUGCAGCUGUGCUUCUCCUCCACAUGCCCGAAGAACAGGCAUUCAGUGUUCUAGUUAAGAUCAUGUUUGACUAUGGUCUCAGGGAACUUUUCAAGCAAAAUUUUGAAGAUCUACAUUGCAAGUUCUACCAGUUGGAGCGCCUCAUGCAGGAAUACAUUCCUGACCUGUACAACCACUUCCUGGAUAUCAGCCUUGAAGCACACAUGUAUGCCUCCCAGUGGUUCCUUACACUUUUCACUGCAAAAUUCCCUCUCUACAUGGUCUUCCAUAUCAUUGACCUGCUCUUAUGUGAGGGAAUAAGUGUAAUUUUUAAUGUCGCCCUUGGAUUACUAAAGACUUCCAAGGAUGACUUGCUGUUAACAGACUUUGAGGGUGCCUUGAAGUUCUUCAGGGUUCAGCUUCCUAAAAGGUACCGCUCAGAAGAAAACGCAAAGAGGCUCAUGGAACUAGCCUGCAACACGAAGAUUAGCCAGAAGAAGCUGAAGAAGUUUGAAAAAGAGUAUCAUACCAUGAGGGAGCAGCAGGCCCAGCAGGAAGACCCCAUCGAGCGAUUUGAGCGGGAGAACAGGCGGCUCCAAGAAGCUAACAUGAGAUUGGAACAGGAAAACGAUGACUUAGCUCAUGAGCUGGUCACCAGCAAGAUCGCGUUGCGGAAGGACCUGGAUAAUGCUGAAGAAAAGGCAGAUGCACUGAAUAAGGAGCUGCUGAUGACCAAGCAGAAGCUGAUUGAUGCAGAAGACGAAAAGAGGCGGUUAGAGGAGGAGUCUGCACAGUUAAAGGAAAUGUGCCGCCGGGAACUUGACAAAGCAGAAUCAGAGAUCAAAAAAAACAGCUCUAUCAUUGGUGACUAUAAGCAGAUUUGUUCUCAACUGAGUGAAAGACUGGAAAAGCAGCAGACAGCCAAUAAAGUGGAAAUUGAGAAAAUCCGGCAAAAGGUGGAUGACUGUGACCGCUGUCGAGACUUCUUCAACAAACAAGGGCGAGUGAAGGCUGCCAGCUCAGCCAAGGGGGUUCCAGAUGAGGACACAGAUGAAGAAAAGGAGACACUCAAGAACCAACUGCGGGAGAUGGAGCUAGAACUGGCACAAACCAAACUGCAGCUGGUAGAAGCCGAGUGCAAGAUCCAGGAUUUGGAACACCACUUGGGCCUUGCCCUCAGUGAGGUGCAGGCAGCCAAGAAGACCUGGUUUAACCGCACACUGAGCUCCAUAAAGACAGCAACUGGGGUUCAAGGGAAAGAGACAUGCUGAGAAGAGCUGCUGCCUCCAGACACCUCCAGAAAAUACACCACCUUUUGUUGCCUUCUUUGGCCAGAUGUGUGACUCUGUGACAUGUUCUAGGACCAGAAUGUACCUAGGUCAGAGCUGUAUCGCGUGUUGGUAGGUCAGUGGGCCAGGGCUCCUGCAGCAGGCUGCCAACCCCAACUGAUGCUGGACAUGCACCAGAGUCCUGCCUCCGAGUGCCAUCCGGGCCUCUUUUCAGUGUAAGAACACUUCACCCAGCCAGAGUUGGGUCAUCUUCCAAUGUGUUGAUUUUCUUUUUAUUUUCUAAACCCUUUAUUAAAAAGAAAUAUGUAUGUAUAUAUAAACAUAUAUGUGUGUAUUCACACACACAUACUCUCUCUCUCUCUCUCUCUCUCUCUCUCUCUGUCCUUUGGGUCGGGGAAAGUAGAAUAAUCCUUAUCUGUCAGUGCCAGCAGAAGCUCCCAGAAAGAUGAGACGCACUUUGAGUAGAAGGGUCUGGUAGUCACUGCUCAAGUCACCUAAUUUUGUUAACCAAUACAGCACACAGAUUUUAAUUUGGCAUUAUUCACAUUUCUAAGCAAUUCUAUGCAACUCUCAUAGUCCUGUCUUUUUUUUGUUUUUAAGCAUUAGCUGCCAAAACUACUUCAAAAGGCUGGAGUGGCCACAUGACUAUGAGACUGAAUCAAUCAUGACAUGGACAGCUCUUUGUUUAAUGUGUCAUGUGUACAUAUAUAUGUGUAUAUAUGUGUGUGUAUGUAUAUAAAUACCUUUCCCAGUACCCUGCACUACAGCGUUUAAAUCCCAGACAACCUGCUAAUUCUGUACACUGCCAUCCAUGGCUGUGGGGCACUUCUUUUCAUUUGAGGUUUGCUAGGCUCUGUCCUUCCUGCCAUUGUAGGAGCUGGCAAGCGCUCCUUCACCCCUCACAUUUGCACAGCAGGUUGUACAAGUGAGAAAAACUGAAUACAUGAGAGUCUGCACACUGAGAGGUCCCACCUUCUUGACUGAGUCCCUGUCAGGCUGGCCAGGUGUGUAUCUCACUGGUCAGAUGGGCUGCAGAUUCUUACUUUAAAGCUAUGAAAUAGCAGUUUUAGCACCUUUUUUUUUUUUUUUUUUUUAAUUAAAAACAAAACCUUUUGGCUUAAUUUAUAUGCUGACAAGUGGUCUCACAAGUGGCUCAUCCUCUCUGCUCUGUGGAGGUGGCUUGGGUUUGUAUAUAAUAACGAGUCGUUUUCUCUUUUUUGGCUCUACUAAUAAUGCUUGAUGAGGUCAUCUACGGUGGGGAGAUAACAAGUGGCCAACCCUUCCCCCAGACCACCCCUACCACUUCCUGUGUCUGUCUUGUUCAGUUAUCCAAACAGCCGUAAAGCCCAUCUAAAACUAGGACAUUGUGUGGACAUUGUGCUAGGGUAGUUUGUGCGUCAACUUUAUGAACUGAAAUAUAAACCAGUAAAAUUGUAUUACUAUUUCUUUUGUUUGUUUUAACAGCAUAUUCAUUAAAUAUUUUGGUACAAACAGCA